UGCGGACCAUUUUACUUUUUUCGUUUUUAGAUUGCAAAACCAUUCUACCACUUCUAUAUAUAAUUAUAUAUAACUUUGGAAUCAAGUACUUAGCUCCACAGCCAAUUUGCAUUGCAUCACAGACAUGGAGUUGCUUUACAUUCUCUUCUCAUCUAUUUUCUUCCUGUUUCUUAUCUACAGAACAGCACGAACAGGAGAAAAUCUUCCACCAGGUCCUCCAGGUCUUCCUCUCAUCGGCAAUCUUCACCAGCUUCUUCGCUCUGGUCCACAUCGCCACUUGUGUCAUCUCUCCAAGCAAUAUGGUCCUCUCAUGUUCCUGCGCUUUGGCAUCAAGCCCACCAUAGUUGUUUCCUCUGCCAGAAUAGCCAAACAAGUCAUGAAAACCCACGACCUCGUAUUUGCUAGCAGACCCUCCAUGCUUGGUCAACGGAAAUUGUCGUACAAUGGCUUAGACCUGGCUUUCACUCCCUACAGUGACUAUUGGAGAGAAAUGAGAAAAUUGUGUGUCCUCCAACUGUUUAGUUCUAGGCGCAUGCAGUCCUUUCGUCCCAUGCGGGAAGACGAGGUUGUGCGAAUGAUUCGGAAGGUAUCUCAAUCUGCUGCUUCUCACAGAUUGAUCAACUUGAGCGAGACGUUGAUGUCUUUCACAAGCACUUUAAUUUGUAGGAUUGCUUUCGGGAAUAGGUAUGAUGUGAAAGAUGAAGUGAGUGAGAGAAGCAGAUUUCAUGGACUGCUAAACGAAGCUCAGGCUUUGAUGGCGGAAUUCUUCUUCUCAGACUAUGUGCCAUGGUUGGGGUGGGUUGAUAGACUCAGAGGGCUUCUCAGUCGAUUGGAUAAAACCUGCAAGCAGCUCGACAUGUUCUACGAACAUGUCAUCAACGAGCACAUGAAUCCAACAAAACCUCAAACCGACCAACAAGACAUCAUUGACAUAUUUCUUCAAAUAAUGAAUGCUCCUUCAACCUCACUUGAUCUCACUUUGGAUCACAUCAAAGCUGUGCUCAUGAAUAUAUUUGUAGCCGGAACAGACACGAGUGCAGCGACUGUAGUUUGGGCGAUGACCGCAUUGAUGAAGAAUCCCAGAGUGAUGAAAAAGGUACAAGAUGAAAUCAGAAUGUUAUGCGGCGAGAAAGAUUUUACAAGUGAAGAUGAUAUAGAAAGGCUUCCUUAUUUCAAAGCGGUGGUGAAGGAGACUCUGAGACUGUUCACACCUGUGCCCCUACUUGUGCCAAGAGAAUCCAUAGGAAGGUGCAACAUAGAAGGGUACGAGAUUGAACCAAGAACUCUAGUUUUGGUGAAUGCAUGGGCUAUAGCAAGAGACCCGGAGACAUGGGAAGAGCCAGAACGAUUUUAUCCAGAAAGGUUCUUCAACUGUUCAGUAGACUACAAAGGGCAUGAUUUUGAGCUGAUUCCAUUUGGAGCUGGACGUAGGAUUUGUCCCGGAAUGCAAAUGGGAGUAAUGAACGUGGAGCUUGCACUUGCUAAUCUUGUUCGCUCUUUUGAUUGGGAAUUGCCUGCUGGUAUGGUGGAGCAAGACAUCGACACAGAGUGCAUACCAGGAAUAACCGUACACAAGAAAAAUGAUCUCUGCCUAGUCGCUAAGAUCCACAAAACACCCAUGCUAUUGGCAUAGUUUUCUAAUUUUUAUAUAUAUGUUUCAAAAAUAAUACGUAUGUGCAGCUAGCCUCUUCAA